AGCGAGCGAGCGAUGGAGGGAACGAACACGAAGAAACCCGAAGCUCUGUGCUCUUCGCUCUGUCACAGGCCCAGGCACUGGCUCUGGCUCUGGCUUCCAUGAGCAUUCUUCCCGCAGGCACGAACGCAGGUGGCGAUGGGAGGGAAGAGGCGAAGAAAUGGCGUCCGCCACUGGUUGCGCUGAUGCCCGCGGAGAAUUCAUGGGGGAGAAUUCGUGCUGACGAUGGGGAUCAUGGUGCUGGAGGAAUGGAUGGGAGACGAUGGAGAGAGCGCCGGUGACAGGAUGACACCUUCCGUCGGGAUGGGAGGGUGAAUUGAUCGAUCGAUCGAUCGAUUGAUUGAUCGCAGGCCGGGGUGGAAUUUUUAGGGAUGAUGAUUGUCUGUUCGCGUGGUUAGUGGGCACUCGUGCUUCGAAGGUGGUUGGCUGGGCGGGUGGGUGGAUUUUGGAAUUGGUGUAGGGCGAGUACUCUCGCGGUCUUUUCCUGCGCGGGUUUUCGUUCGUCGCUGAUUUGAGGAUCUUGUAACGUCGAGGGCGGAGGAGUUGAUUUCGUGGCAGGAGUGGUUCGAGUGAAACGGGAGUGGAAAAUAGACGUGGGAGAGAUGGCGGUCUCUAUGGCUGCCGAGUGGAGCGAGCUGUACAACAGAUUCUACCGGAAGCAGGAGAUGUAUACGAUGUGUUGGCAAAAUGUGGAUCUUAGUCGACACAAGGUAGCCUGCGCCAAUUUUGGUGGGCCGAUUGCCAUAAUUCGUGACGACUCGAAAAUUGUGCAGCUGCGCUCCGAAUCAGCUCGUGCGAAACUUCUCAUAUACACUGCGUCGGGAGUUCUAAUUACGUCUUUUCUGUGGGAUCGACCUGGAGGUCGUUUGAUUAGCUUGGGAUGGACUGCUGACGAGGUACUGCUUGUCCUCGUUCAAGAUGGGACUGUAUACAGGUACAACAUUCACGGAGAGCUAACCGAUCGGAAGUUUACGUUCGGCAAAGAAGUUUGGGAGCAAGGGGUUGCGGAUUGUAUCAUUUGGGGCAGUGGAUUGGUUUGUCUGACAGAAGCGAAUCAGCUGUUUGCUGUGACUAAUUUGGAGGAUCCACAGCCUAUCAAGCUCGCUGAUCCCCAUCUUGAAGAACCACCUCACUGCAUGGCAAUAAUUGAUCCACAGUUCACCGUCUCAGGCAACGUGGAAGUCUUACUGGCAGUGGGAACGACCGUAUUGAUCGUGGAUGCCGAUGCCGUCCAGGAUCAUAAUCUUCUCAUUGGGCCCUUACAGAAGAUGACAGUGUCACCCAAUGGAACAUUUGUGGCUUGUUUUACACACGAUGGGCGAUUGUUGGUGGUUUCUACUGACUUUUCCAAGACUUUGGUGGACUUCAACACCCAGUCAGCACUCCCACCAGAGCAGCUGGUUUGGUGUGGAUUGGACAGUUUAUUAUUGUACUGGGAGGACAUCCUUAUGAUGGUUGGACCGUAUGGUGAUUCUGUGAAGUAUCCAUACGACGAGCCCCUGUUUUUGAUCCCUGAAUGCGACGGUGUAAGAAUCCUGUCAAAUACAUACAUGGAGUUUCUAGAGCGCUUAUCGGACGCAACUGUAUCCAUAUUUAAGAUCGGCAGCACCACCCCGGCAGCUAUGUUGUACGAUGCUCUUGACCACUUUGACAAGCGGAGCUCGAAGGCAGACGAGAAUAUUAGAUUGAUCAUUUCAUCUCUUCCUGAGGCAGUAAAAGCUUGCAUCGAUGCUGCAGGACAUGAGUUUGACAUAUCACAACAACGGACUCUUAUGCGGGCUGCUGCUUACGGUCGAGCGUUUUGCAGUCAAUUCCCGAGAAACAAGUUCAAGGAUAUGUGUAGGACACUAAGAGUGCUCAAUGCUGUGCGAAGAUUCGAGAUCGGCAUUCCUCUUACUAUUCAGCAACUCGAGGUUCUUACUCCCCCAGUUCUCAUCGCCAGGCUUAUCAGCCAGCAUCGACAUCUUCUCGCCCUUCGAAUAUCAGAGCACCUCGGUCUCGGCCAGGAAACUGUUCUUAUCCACUGGGCCUGCUCGAAAAUAGCAGCAGCAUCUGAUGUACCUGAUGGCGUGCUGCUUGAUAUGCUGGUCGAGAAGCUGAAAGUAUGCCCGAUGAUCUCCUACGCGGCAGUUGCAGCAAAUGCACACCGGAAAGGCCGACGGAAAUUAGCUGCUCUGCUUCUCGAUUAUGAACCGAGAUCUUCGGAGCAGGUUCCUCUGUUGACAAGCAUGGGAGAGGAAGAGAGGGCUUUGGUGAAGGCAAUCGAGAGUGGUGAUACAGAUCUCGUUUACUUCACCAUUUUUCACAUCUGGCACCAAUCACGUAAGUCGACGCUGGAGUUUUUCCGCAUUAUACAAUCGAGGCCCCUUGCCCGCGAUUUGUUCAUUGUCUACGCUAGGGUGAGCGAGCCCGAAUUGUUGAAGAAAUUUUACGUCUCUAUCGGAGCGCCUCAGUGUUGUGCUGAGGUCUUUUUGAGGGAGUCAUGGAGCUGUGCUCAGAGUAUCGUCGUUCGCCAAGGUUCUGCAUUACAGGGCCCUAGAGUAAAAUUGAUUGAACAAGCUGCAGACCUAUAUGCACAGACGAAAGAUUACUCUUUUGAAGCCAAAGCUGCGGAAGAGCAUGCCAAACUGUUGAAGGUCCAGCAAGACUUAGAGGCCGCCACGGGUCAGCCGAUAUUUGUAGAUUCUAGUGUUAGUGACACUAUACGCACUUGCAUAACUCUUGGAAAUCAUCGGGCUGCUCAGAGAAUUCGCACAGAUUUUAAGGUGAGCGACAAACGAUUUUAUUGGCUCAAAAUUUUCGCCCUGGCGAUGACGAAGAAUUGGGAUGCUUUGGAAAAGUUUUCUAAAGAGAAGAAGCCUCCAGUCGGUUACAAGCCAUUUGUUGAGGCUUGCAUAGAAGAGGACGAGAAGGACGAAGCACUGAAGUAUAUUGUUAAGUUGUCGGAUCCUCAGGAAAGGGCAGAAUCGUAUGAAAGACUAGGCAUGUCGGCAGAAGCUGCAACUGCAGCUGCACAGACGAAAGAGAGCGAGAUCUUGGGCCGUCUGAAAUCGACUUUUGGUCAAAAUUCUCCAGCUGGAGCUCUAUUUGACAGUUUACGAGAUCGCCUUUCUCUACCUGGUGUCUCAUAAGACGUGUGGGAAGCUAUCAGUUGAAGGUGCCUCUAUUUUGAGCAAACCCAGGCGUUGAUGUGUAGUUAUUCAGAGCAUCAACCACCUCCCUACUCAGUAGAAACAAGCCAGGCGUUCAACCCUAUUGCACUGCACAUAUUCCGGUAGACUGGCACACAUCAAAUUUAGUGGCUGUUUGUUGAGUUGGAGUUCUUUUGUGUGUUUGUUGGUGUUACUCAUUAGUUUCACCUGGAGGUUAGGAGCUCCGACAUGUACUGCUUAGUGAAGUGAACUGGAACCUCAACAACUGGGGGUUUGCUGAGCUGUCUAUACUAAUAGGUCAUAUACAUACAAAUUGGAAAGGUGAAAUCACCCAGAGAUUGUUUCCUUAGAACGUCCAAGUACGUAGGGUUGAUCCUUCAUUUUGUCCGUAUUACGUUGAGAAGUGUCAACAGGUGUUUGUGUAUUUUAUGUGGUGAAGGUUGUGACAUAUGGACGUUUUGACGUCUGAAAAUGACACCAACAUUUUUUUGUAACAAAUAGUAUUCGAUCAUACACCCAAUUUUCGACUGGCGUAUGAUUAAUAUCUUUAUGUAACAUGGCCUGAGCGUCUGCAAGAGCAGCCGUCACAUAC